UUCUUAGGCUAUCAUUACUGAUUACUCAUCCGCUCCCCCGUUCUCUGAGCUGCUUUUCGUUUGCUUCUGGAACUUGAGCAAGCAACUCUUUUCUUAUAAGUUAUAUCCUUGCAUUUCUUGAAAGAACCGACCAAAUAUUUUGAAAAGAGAAAAAGAAAAGUCUGAGACCAGAGAAAAAUUCAUGGCUUCCCCAAACAAACGCAGAGAUACAGACUUGAUGAAGCUGAUGAUGAGUGAUUUCCAGGUGGAGAUGAUAAAUGACAGCCUGCAUGAGUUCUUUGUGCAUUUCCAUGGACCCAUUGAUAGUCUUUAUGAAGGUGGUGUUUGGAAGAUAAGGGUGAGACUUCCAGAUGCAUAUCCCUAUGUAUCUCCAUCUAUAGCUUUCGUUAAUAAAAUUUAUCACCCGAAUGUUAAUGAGAGAUCAGGUUCGGUUUGCUUGGACGUUAUCAAGCAGGCUUGGAGUCCAAUGUAUGAUCUGGUGAAUGUAUUUGAAGUGUUUCUACCGCAACUUCUGUUGUACCCGAACCCAUCUGAUCCAUUGAAUAGGGAGGCAGGUGCUCUAAUGAUGGAAGACCGUGAUGCGUAUGAACAAAGAGUUAAAGAAUACUGUCAGACAUAUGCCAAAGCUGAAGAUGGUGAAGCUGGAUUAGAAGCGGAGUUGAGUGAUAAUGAGUUUAGUGACGAUGACGAUUCUGAUUCAGACUACUAGGCAGCAGCUAGCAGGCAGUGUCAAUUCCAUCCAUAUUCUUUCAACUGUCUCUCUGUUAUCUGGGUACAUAAGCUAGCAUAUCUGGGUUCAUGAGAAAAUGAACAACAGAUACAAAUGGUGAUCUGCAUAGUUACAUAUCAUGU